UAGGACAUGCUUAGCAAACAGUGAACUCCGUAUUAAAACUGCAGAUUGUGUAAAUUUGUAACCUACAAAUAUCUAAUUGCUUACUCGCAACAGGAAAUGGAAGACUUUGAAAAAACUUUGUGGGGACUAUGAGGAUGCCGAGGGGUGCCCGCGGUUAGUGUAUAAAGAGCGUGCGCUUCACGGAGCGUCAUCAUUCCAAGUCCAAUAGCCUUCGGUCAAGAUGUUAAGGAACGAGGUGUUCGCGUGUUUUGUUUUCUACGGCACGAUGCUACUCUUAAAGAUGUACACACUGGCAGUUAUUACUGGACAAGUACGACUGCGGAAAAAGGCUUUUGCAAACCCAGAGGACGCUCUCAGGCAUGGAGGAAUAGAAUUUUACCGGGAAGAUCCAUACGUGGAACGGUGUUUGAGAGCACAUCGCAAUGACAUGGAAAACAUCUACCCCUUCCUCUUCCUGGGCGCUAUCUACUCCAUGAUUGGUCCCUCCCUGUCUGUGGCAAGAGGUCAUUUCCUGGUCUUUUUCCUGGCCCGUGUCAUGCACACCCUCGCCUACCUGUUUGCUCUCACAGCGCCAACGCGGUCGCUGUCCUACAUCGUCGGCCAGUUGCCGUGUGUCUCCAUGGCGAUUCAGAUCAUCAUUGCUGUGGCUGCAUACGCAUGACAUCUCAAAUCCCUGGGACAGGAUCCCACCCCCCUUUGUACUAACAUCUUUGAUUGGAGGACUACCUGUGACGGGAUUCCACCCCCUUUGUACUAACAUCUUUGAUUGGAGAACAGUUCUGCUGGAUGAUAAGCUGAAGAUCUCCCCAGUGGUCGGACACUUCACCACACUACGAAGCAGCAGAUCUUGCUACCAUUAUUAGACCUGUGAUUAUGCUAGCCUGUGAUGUUAGCUACAUUCGCAGUAUAUCAACCACUGCUGUAUGAAGAGUCCUUACAGGUCAUUUGAAGAAAAUAUAAUGAUAUAUGUUUGGUUUUUUUUAGAUUUCAUAGCUUCAAUGCAAUGGAUAUGAAGGUCGUUUUAAUCUUCUCCAAUACAGUAUUUGUGUUUCAGCACUCCGAACAAGUCAUUAGACUGGGUACUGGGAGUUCAUGUUCUUCAAGGUGCCAGCAUGACCAUGUGUUUCCUGUCAACCUGUUUACAAUGCACUCAACCACCCUGCUAUGGAAACUCACUAAGCCCAUAAAUGGGCAGUUAGCCUACUGGAGAUGUUGACACAGCCCCUAACCCCCUGCCUUUGUGUUUUGGGGCUGCUUGGUUUGGCCUGUGAAGAAUUCCCUUUGAGUUUCAGUGGAGCAUUCAACCCCCAUUCCCUGCAUACACACACACACACACACACACACACACACACACGUGCGUUUCCUCUGCUGACUGGCUGUAAUCAUGACAUGAGACUGAAUCACUGGAGACAGCUAUGGUGCUCAUAGGCUACAUGCUGGGCCUACAGUACUGCAAGGCCAUGUAAGGUUUUGGAUGAACCAUUUUGGAUUCCUCCCACAAGAAUGAGCCCGACUGUCACCGUGCUGUGUCUGAAUGGACACUGAAACUCUCAACCUGGCAAAAUAUUGAUGUUGCUGUGUUGGUGUAAAUGUGUUAGGGUCUGUGGUUCAGUUAUGAAGAAUCGAGCCUUUAUAAAUACCAUUCCCAUUUCACUCAACCUCUACUGUGCCUUAGAUUGUGAAAGAUUUAAGAAAUGAAAAGACUGAACUAAUUCUGUAAAUCAUCCUGCAUUUAAAUUAAUGUAUUUAUGUGGUAUAAAUAACGGUUAAAUUAUUUCGAUUUUUUUAAAACCUGUAGUUACCUUGUUAUGCAUAACUGUGUUGAAUGUAAAGAGAACUAAUAGCUCCUGUUACAUAGGUAUUUAAAUAAAAAAAUGACAUUUUAAAAA